UUUGUGUCUCUUGUUGGGAAGCUCUACAUUUCUGCGAGAAAAAUCUAAUUUUUACUAAGUUUGAGAUCAUUUUGAAUAAUUUGAAUUAUUCGUUACAAGAUGGCUGAGAACAAAAAUGUGUUGUUUGUAAGAGAAAAUGGAAAUGGAAAUCAUAGUGAGAAUGAAGAUAUUUGGGAUGAUACUGCAUUAAUACAAGCAUAUGAUAGAGCUGUAAACUUGGCCAAGGAAGAAGUAGCGAAACGUAUUGCUAUGGACAUGCAGGCUCAGCAAACAAAACACAAGUCAAAUUUAAAACAUUUAAAUCAUAAUAGAAAACCUUUAAAGAAAUGGACUGUUGGUGCUCCUUGCCGUGCUGUGUACUCUGUAGAUGGAGAAGUAUACGAAGCUAUUGUAUCAAAAAUUUAUCCAAAUUCUGGCAUGUGUACAGUGAAGUUUGUUGGAUAUCAAAAUACAGAAAAAGUGGAGAUAAAUUCUCUUUUGGAAUCUGAAGGAUUACAAAGUCAAAUUGCUCAACAAAAGGAUGCAUUAGCGCAAAAGGCUGAUGAAGAAAUUGUAGGUUCUGACACAUCCACCCAUUUUAAUCUGCAGGAUUCCAAACAAAUUAAUAGCGAAAAAAUGGAUUGUGAUACAGAGGAUCCUAGAUCAUUUAAACAUAAUGCUAUACCUGGACUUGAAUAUUUUAAUCCAGCGAUAGAUGCGAUGCCACCCGCGCCACCCUUACCACCAUUAAUGGCUAAGUUACCCGAAACUGAUGCAGAUGCAUUGUCUAGUAUGUUGAUGUCAUGGUAUCUAAGUGGAUUUCACACAGGUUACUAUCAUGGAUUAAAGCAAGCAAAAAUUAAUCAGCAGAAGAGAAGAAACUAUCAGUAGUAAUAUAAGA